AUGUCUCGUCGCCGGUUCUGUCUGACAGCCUUGGCGCUGCAGACACUUCUCCCGUUUGCAUCCGCAGCAUACUUUGAGAACCACGCUGAUGCCCUUCGUGAACUCGAAAUCCCCGUUGCGAGAUCCGUACACGCUCUGCAACCCGUUCCCGGACGCCAGUUGGACAAGCGAAUUGCGGCUCGGUCCAAACGCAAAGGUACCGAUGUCCUUCGAAACACACUGGACGGAUCAAACUAUGUCAUCAACAUUACGCUCGGCGGACAGUCUUAUGGUGUCCUUUUCGAUACCGCAAGCAGUGCAUUCUGGCUACCCAGAGCCAACUUCACUUGUGUGGACUUCAACAACAAAGUGCAACCUCAAUCCGCAUGUGGCUUCGCAUCGUAUGGUCCUCAAGACUACACUGGCGGCCAAGUGGCGAACCAAAACUUUAACGCUUCCUAUGUCACUGGAGAAUUCGCAGUGGGCACGGUUGGUCGCGAGAAAGUGACGUUUGCGGGAUUGACCGUGCCUGAUCAGCAUAUUGGGUUAGUGGAUAGGACAUAUUUUUACGACCAGAAUGGCUUCACGAGCGGAAUCAUGGGCUGGGGACUCGGCAAUUACACUUCAUAUUAUUCAGGAAAUGACCCGAGUCUGGACGAUGCAACCGAUCCAAAGCACACUUGGAUCCCGACCAACACGUGGAUCCAGAAUGCCGUCAAAGAAGGGUUAUUGGAAAAGCCCAUAUUCUCCGUGAACCUAGGCAACAGAACGGAGAAUGCGGCGAACCUAAGUAUAUCUGGCUUCGUGGCUGUAGGCGGCGCGCCGCUCAAGGGCCUUCCCUACACGGGCGUCUGGGCCAACUCGGCCGUCCACACGGAGACGUACCAAGGCUGGGGUCUAAAGAACAAGUAUUCACACUGGAAUGUACGACCCGACGGCUUCCAGAUUGGCGAGAAUUUCAUCGAGUGGUCACCCGGUACCUUUGCCAACACCGACGACGAGGUCUUCACUGUCAUCGACACGGGAGCCGCGUGGACCUACGUCACCAAUGAGACUGCCGUGGCCAUUGCCAACUCCUUACAGCCGCCCGCGACGUGGUCCCCCUAUGACACCGCAUACAUUGCUCUGUGCAACGCCACAGUGCCCAAAAUCAGCAUUCGCAUUAACGGCACCAAUCUCCCCAUCAACAAGAGAGACAUUCUGAUGGAUGGCUGGGCCGGCCAGGCAAACACCUCGACCACCCUGUGUUGGCUGGGCUACCAGCCCGUCCUCCAGCCCAAACGCGGUGGCUCCGCACCGUACAUCCUUGGCGACACGUUUCUCAGGAAUGUGCUGGCUGUGUUUGACGUGGGCAAUUUGAGAAUGGCCUUUGCCUCGCUGGAUUGGCAGUGA